AUGCCAACCAAGGAUGUAUUGCUGGGCAUGCGCAAGUUCAACAACUUCAACUGCAAUGCUGAACAGUAUACUGUGACUGUCAUUGUUGGUGUUGGUCAGCAUUGGCUGGAUGUCUGGAUAAGGUUACUCCCAGGUUCACCGGUAUAUGCUAACGUCAGGCAGCGCGGAGACCUUUCGCCCUUAUCUCAGAUGCUCUCUGGAAUCCCGGUGUUCGAAGCUGUUCCAUCAUGGUUUGUCCGAGCAGUGCCGGCUCUGAGUCGCUAUAUUACACUCGACCAAGACCACGGCUGUAAAGCCCGUUUUCGCGUCAUGUCACCUCCAGGUGGUGGCAAUAGUAACGUCUCAUACUACUUGGAUCAUGAUCCCAAUAAAAUAGUAACAUCUCCGCAUUUGAAUAGAUUACAUGUGGCAAGCAUAUUUCAACCCGAGACGCAUCAAGCCCUGGCUAUACUUGGUUACGAGAACUCCAGAGAUGGAAAGGCCAAUUUUGCCACGGAGUACAAUGCACAGUUUAUCAUCGCCGAAUGGAGUGUUAUUGCCCCGUUUGACAAAGAGGUUUGUCUGACAUUCCUCAACUCAAAAAUUGAACCAGAGUCAUCCUUCGAUCAUGCUUCCAAGAAUCAGGGUGAAUUUGUGCCCGUCAUGUCUGACUCAAGCGACUAUCAAUAUUGGCGCAUCGUCAAGACGGACGCCGGGGAACGUCACAUCAAGCCCGGCGACAAUAUACGAUUAUGUUGGGACUUCCGCGAUCAGACAGUCGGGUGGCGUGAUUUCACUCAAGACGUGUUUGGCCGACGGGAAGUUCGACGUCCCUCUGAUGUUCCAAAUCCCUUGUUCAUCAAGAUUCCUCGGUUGGGUGUUCCAGAUCUCGGGCCUUUCCAAUUUCUUGGGUCACGAUACAAUGGCUAUGAGAUUGAUGGUCCUCUUCACAUGUCCGCAGAGCGAGAGGACUAUGCAGAGAGAAAUGUAAAGGUUCAUAUUAACGGAAACGAUGGUGUAUCGCCGUGUCGUUUGCAGCAUCUUCAAUUGCGUAUUGACUCUGUAGGACAGGGCGGUCGGGGUGAUACCGAGGAUUACUUGCUGAAGAUGGUGGGAGUGGCUGAUUCAGGGAAGACACAGAAAACACCUGUUACUGAUACGAAUAAGUCACCCAGUCCACCGGCGCCACCACAACAAGGAUUUCACAUUUGGUUACAUCAAGCAGCUUUAUUAUUUGGGUUGUAG